UCAGGAAGCGACCAAUCCAACACGCCCCAGAACCCUUCCUCUGACGGAGAUGCUGUCUGCUCCAUUCCUCUUUUGAAUUUCUGAAUGAUCCUGCGGGGUAGUGGACCCUCCUGAUCGAUACACACACCGCCAGAUCAACCAGCUGUGCCUAUGCGACGCGCUUUUCCCGGUUUGGGAGAUCUGAAGAAGUCUCGUCGAGAAAAGUAGGGAACUGUGCGAGUCCGAGGCAAGGGCGUGUUUGAAUCUGAAGUCUUCGGGAGUCUGCCUCCUCCUCCUCCUCCUCCUCACUGGAUGCUAGCUCGGUAGCCUUUGCAUGUUGUUGCACUCGUAGUGAAGUUGUGUUUCGUCUUUAUUGCUGUUAUUUUCGGAGUUCACCUGGAAGAUGGGAUGUACCCUGAGCACGGACGACAAAGCCGCGCAGGAGCGGAGCAAGAUGAUCGACAGAAAUUUACGGGACGACGGAGAAAAAGCCGCCCGGGAGGUCAAGCUGCUCCUGCUCGGUGCUGGAGAGUCUGGGAAGAGUACCAUUGUUAAACAGAUGAAGAUCAUCCACGAAGCCGGCUACUCAGAGGAGGAGUGUAAGCAGUACAAGGCCGUGGUCUACAGCAACACCAUCCAGUCGAUUAUUGCCAUCAUCAGAGCCAUGGGGCGCCUCAAGAUCGACUUUGCUGACCCAGCCAGGGCGGACGAUGCUCGGCAGCUGUUUGUGCUGGCAGGUUCGGCGGAGGAGGGCUUCAUGACGGGUGAGCUGGCCGGGGUCAUCCAGCGCCUGUGGAAAGAUGGAGGUGUUCAGGCUUGCUUCAGCCGCUCCCGAGAGUACCAACUCAACGACUCUGCAGCAUACUACCUGAAUGACUUGGACAGGAUAGCACAUGGCGCCUAUGUGCCCACACAACAGGAUGUGCUUAGGACCAGGGUCAAAACCACUGGCAUUGUGGAAACACACUUCACUUUUAAGGACCUGCACUUCAAAAUGUUUGAUGUAGGCGGACAGAGAUCAGAGAGGAAGAAGUGGAUUCACUGUUUUGAGGGCGUCACUGCCAUUAUCUUCUGUGUGGCUCUGAGUGACUAUGACCUGGUACUUGCUGAGGACGAGGAAAUGAACCGGAUGCAUGAGAGCAUGAAGCUGUUCGACUCCAUCUGCAACAACAAAUGGUUCACAGACACCUCCAUCAUUCUCUUCCUUAACAAGAAGGACCUGUUUGAGGAGAAGAUAAAAAAGAGCCCCCUCACAAUCUGCUACCCAGAAUAUGCAGGCUCCAACACAUAUGAAGAGGCAGCAGCUUAUAUCCAGUGCCAGUUUGAGGACCUAAACAAACGAAAGGACACCAAGGAGAUCUACACCCACUUCACCUGUGCCACCGACACCAAGAACGUGCAGUUUGUGUUUGAUGCUGUCACCGACGUCAUCAUCAAGAACAACCUGAAGGACUGUGGACUUUUCUAGGGCACUCUGGUGGCCAGCUUCCAAGUGACGUUAUUCGAAGGGCGUCUGUGGCUGGAGGAAACUCUUCAUGGACACUUUUGACAAUGUCACUUUUAACUUCUUAUUAACUUAUGUUGAUCUCUAAAAGUUUUAAAAACGGUGUGUAGAAAAGAAAAACAUUUGUGUAAAAUAUUUGUACAACUGUCACUAUGACUGGGGAUUUUUCACAGUUUUUAAAAUGUGCUUGUUUUACCUACCAUUUUUACUUUGAAUUUUUAUAUAAAAAGGGGGCCUUGGCAUUUAUUUUUGUCUUUUUUUUUCUUUGAAAGGAAUGAACACCUUUUUGUCUUGUCUGUAGCUACUUGUGCCUUGCAUGCCUUAGUUGCAGUGUUUUGUUUCUGUUGAUUUAGAUAUUAGAUUUGUGUAGAUGUUAUCACUGAACUCUCCCCCAAACCCUCCACAGACUUAUACGAUUUUUUUUCCCAUGAUGACAUCAACAUCACAGAAGUUUUGCCUCUGUGGACAAACCAAGUCAUGCUCUACAGACCGACUCACUCUGACUCUGACAUACUGUGAGAGCUGUGUGAAUGCCUUUUCCUGUGUGUGGCUGUGUAUGUGCUGCGAGUGACACCUUUGUUUUGAUUGAGACCAAAAACCCGUGUGAAUGAUUUGGCAUGCAUGUUUUUUGUAUGUAUGUGUGGAUGCGUGUGCAACAUAAAUCAAAGGGACCUUUUUUCCUGUACUUGUCAUCCUCUUUCAAAGCUUUAUUUUUUAUUAAAUAAGUGACCAAAAGAGCUACUCUUGCUAAUUAAUUUGUGCACACAGUUGUUGUGCUGCUACCGCUGGGAACAUUCCUAUCUCAGAUCAUGAACUCAGAAGCUUUGAAUAGAGGAUGCCAGUGACGGCCUUGUAGCAGAUGAUAGGACAGUAGAUCUACAUUCAGUGCAUAGAUAUUGUCAGAGGUGGCUGAGUACAUGUGCACUGUUACUGAUAAUGAUCUGUACUGGUUUCAGGUUACAUAUCCACCCUUAAAUCCCCUUUCUGUUUCCAUUGGAUGGGGACAUUAGUGGACUAAUUUCCAUGAUUUUUGCUAAUAAAUAGAGUUGCUGUGGUGAAACCAUUGCAUCCUUUGCAACAAA